AUGUUGGACGGCGGCUUAGGCAAGUUGCAGAAGAGAAUGCGGGGUCGGUUUGGUGACAUGUUAAGUCCAGAUGAUGCCUUCUUGAGCUAUUAUGACAUACGCUUGACGCGAGAGGACAUGCAAAGCCUCAAGAACGACUGGCUCACAGAUAAUAUCAUCUCUUUCUGGGAAGAAUACCUAGAACACGAGUUUCUAACCAAAUACAAAACAUCGAACAUUGUCCUCCUCCGACCCAGCAUGUCAUUCAUGCUCCUGCAGACACCCGAUCCCCGCACCCUCCGCCAAGCACUUCCUGAUUUUUCCCGAACCACCCACGUCUUCCUCCCUAUCAACGAUUGUCAUAAUGUCACACAAGCAGAAGGCGGCACGCAUUGGUCAUUACUCCUGAUCUCCAUAGUCGAUGGGAUUGCAUUUCAUUAUGACUCCCUAGUCUAUGGCAACCACGACGAAGCCCGAUAUGUUACUACACAGUUUAGCAAGCUUUUGGGACGCCCGCUUGCUUGGCAACAUUUGAGAGACUCGCCCCAGCAGGAUGGUGGAAGUGAUUGCGGGGUCUUCGUUUGCAUGAAUAUGAGGCAUCUUCUACUGAAGCGCUUGCUUAUGGCCAGUGCACAUGAGAAGGUCAGCAUGAGUCUUGGAGGACGGAAGGUCGAUCCCAGCGCGGCGCGCAAAGAGAUGGCCAAGAUCAUUGAAGGUUUCCGAAAAGAAGGGGAGCGCCGACGAUCGUGA